ACAGUCAAUCUAACGUAUCCCCUUAGAAAACUCGAGCCGCUGCGUAGAACAUGAAAGGGGCGCGCGCACGCCUUCAUCCCCUACUAUCUUGACCUGUUCUUCGCAUGGGUCAACACGCGAACCAUCGAGAGGUGCGAUUAGAUCGUAAAUGCGACUGCUCUUUCCCUCGUUUCUAUCCCUCUCUGUGUUUAUAUCGAGGAUGUGGAAGUCGAUAAUUAGUUCGCGUUUGAGGCUUUGCUUCUUUAUGAAGUGCAAAGAGAUAUGAACUUGUAUAACUUGUAUUUGAUUAGAUUCACCUAGGAGUUUCUUCGAUCAGUCUUGGUUACAAAUCUGACGAUUGUUUAUUGUUCUCCGAAGAGGGUGCUUCGUGUUGUGUGAUGCACAGUGAAAGAGUUGUCGGCGCGACACUUGUCUUUUCGACUCGCUGUCGAGAAAAUGCUAUAAACUCGAGAUAUUUUUGAGAUUAUUUUGAUAUCGCUGUCGUCGUGUUUCAAGCGAAAAAAAAAUAAAGAAUUUUUUGAGAAAUAUGUCUCGUAUAAAUUGACGGUGUUUAUGAAUACGAUGAGGGACGAUGCAUCGAUAGGUUUUGUGCUAGGCAGCGCGUGAAUUUCACGCAAUUUAAGAACAGAUUGGAUCAAAGUGUUACAAUUGAGGAACGUUGUAUCUCACUUAGAGUGGAUAUGGUAACUAUGAACUCCGAAAAAUCGGCAUGUCGCCGAAAACCUGUAGAGAAAAGUAGCAGCAGCAGCAGCAAGAAAACGACCGAGCAUAUCGAAGAAGUAGAUAAAAAGGAUGAGGAUGCUCACGCGAAUGAUUCCCCGGAUUUAUCUCCCAACACUCCCACAUAUAACGUCACUGCCUCUUGCGCCGAAGAUACCCCUAAUUACCUUGUCUACAAAAAGAUGGAAUCGAUUGUAGAAAAGAUGUUGGAUGAAUUUACCGGUGUACCCGUAAAAACAGUUAAGACUUUCAUGACGAAGACGCCGUCUGUUUUUACAGGUACAGAUCUCAUAGCAUGGAUGAUGAAGAGCAUGGAUAUAGAUGAUCAAGAGGCUCUUCAUGUGGCUCAUCUUAUGGCAUCUCACGGAUAUUUUUUUCCUAUCGACGACCACUGCCUUACCGUAAAGAAUGACAACACAUUCUACAGGUUUCAAACACCGUAUUUCUGGCCAUCGAAUUGUUGGGAACCCGAAAAUACUGAUUAUGCUGUCUAUUUAUGCAAAAGGACGAUGCAGAACAAAACGCGCUUGGAAUUGGCGGACUACGAGGCAGAGAACCUGGCUAGAUUGCAAAAGAUGUUUUCGCGAAAAUGGGAAUUUAUUUUUAUGCAGGCGGAAGCACAAAGCAAAGUCGACAAGAAGAGAGAUAAGUUGGAAAGAAAAGUCCUGGAUAGCCAAGAGAGAGCCUUCUGGGAUGUACAUCGGCCAAUGCCUGGAUGUGUAAAUACCACGGAAUUGGAUAUUAAGAAAGCUUGUCGUAGUUACAAAUCUGUCAUACAACCAAGUAAGCAUUUGCAUCUGGGAGUCGCGGGUGGUAAAAUAUCACCAUCUGUAGAAUCGAGUGCGACCUCAUCGAUAGAAUUUUUGCAGAAGGAGAUCGAGACUCUCAAAGAUAGACUGGACAAGCCUGUCAUCAAGGUCUCGAAAGUAGCCGAAGCAUUGAUUGGAUACUUUGAACAAUACAUGGAAUACGAUCCCUUUUUCACCCAACCCGAGCUCACAAAUCCAUGGAUAUCCGAUAGCCCAGAAAUGUGGGAGCAGGAAAAAUUAGCGAAAGAAAUAUCCACGAGAAGAGUAAGGAGAUGGGCGUUCAGCCUUCAAGAACUCCUACAAGAUCCCGUUGGUAGAGAACAAUUUAUACGCUUUUUAGAUAAGGAAUUUAGCGGUGAAAAUCUCAAAUUUUGGGAAACCGUUCAGGAAUUGAAAACUUUACCGCAGAAAGACGUCCAGAUAAAAGUCGAAGAGAUAUGGCGUGAAUUCUUGGACACGGACGCGAGCUGUCCCAUUAACGUCGAUUCUCGAUCUUAUGAAAUUACCAAAAAACAUCUUGAAAAGCCGGACCAAUGGUGUUUCGACGUUGCUGCGGCUCAUGUAUAUCACCUGAUGAAGAGCGACAGUUAUUCGAGAUAUUUACGCUCGGAAAUGUAUAAAGACUUUCUUAAUGGAUCCAAGAAAAAGACUUCUGUAAAAGGCAUUCGUUCUAUCGUCUCCUUCACAGGACGAAGAGACACAGCAACUUCGUAACCUGCCACUUUCUAAUGCUUCUUAAUAAUAUUGUACAUCUCUACUUAUUAUAAUUCUAUUUUCUUUUGUCUCUAUCAAAACUGCACAAAGCUGACAAGAAAAGUAGAAGAUCUAAAAAAGUGCUUUCUAUUUAGUUUUAUCUUACGUUAUCGAAAAUUAAAUGUAAUUAAAUACUUUAUACCAAUAAUAUACGAUAAUCAUAAAUUGCUUAAAAUCUUAUCAAGAAAUCGCAUGAUUUUCGAAUCUAUUACAAUAAAGGAUUGAUUACAUAUCAA